GGGGGGCGGGCGGAUUCCCGGGGAUGCGGUGUGGCUGCGGAUCCCUGCUGUCUGCUGUACAAGGAAACUGGGGGCUGCCGUCCUGCCUUCUCACUCUUGGGAUGAAAAAAUCCCGUCGGAAAUCUCGGCGGGGAAGGAAGCAGAGAGCUGUGCCCGCCGUGUGUGCGAGGAAGCGGCUGAAGAUGAUCCCGGGAUUACGGGCUGGGGUGACACAGACAGGGAUGUGAUUAACAUCGAAAAGGCAGCUGGGGCUGUGCUGGAGUUUGGAAGAAAGAAGGUGAAGUUACACAGAGAGGUGGUGCGGGAGGCAGGCCAGGGUAGCUCUUUGCUUCAGAAUGAUUAUUGAGGAAAUGAGAGAAGAAAUAUCCGCAGAAAUAUGUGGAUCUUGUGAAAUAGCUGUCGAAAAAGAAGCAUCUUCCAAAGGACUUGUUAGAGGAAUCCCGUAAGGGUGGAUAUAGAGGGUGUAAAUCAGAGAAGAGUGAUUCAGUGAGGUGAGAUGCACAGUGGGAUGUGGUAAUUCGCUGCCCAUUAGUGGAGAGGUUAGAGACUGCUGGUAGCACAGCCGAAAGUGUUUAUUUCUAGAGAUCUUGCUAAAGAAGAAGCACGUUUCAAAUCGGAGCUCAGCAUGGGGCAUCCUGUGGGGGCUGAUCGGUGCUGAGCUGGGGCUGUGGGUGCCCCUGGAGCAAGGCAAGGGGAGGUUGGGUGAUUACAUCGGUGUUAAAGAGGGUGAGAAGUGCUUUGGAUGGAGGUGACAUUAAGACCUCAUGUUCUGCAUAGAAAAGUAACCCAAAUACUGUUUAAAAUUUUAUAACCUGAUCUUCACGAUUAUGAUAUUAAUUAAAUUACUCCAAAUUCUCUUUGUUCUUUUGACCCUCUCUUUUGAGUUUAUCGUUUUUACUUUCUUCAGCUAGUGCUAUCAGUAUUAGCUAUGUCUUGUCUAGUUUGUAUUCAGAGAGCUUAUAUUUGGAUCUGAGGGCGUUAGGCUGAGUGGGGCGAGUUACGCUGCUUGUUUUCUUUCCUUUGUUUUCUCCUCAGAAGCUUUAGUCGUCUUCUGUCAUUCACACGCAUCCGUCUGUCAGUAAGUUAUGUUGGAAGUGAACUCUUUCCCAGAAUGUUGUGACAGGGCUCACAAAAGACGUCCAGCCUGCAGGCUGUUUUCUGCAUGACGUGUCUGAUUUGCCCAUGCAAACAGUUCCUCCGUUUGUUCAAGUAAAUGUGGCACAGAGAAAGGACUCUGCUUGUGCCUCCAUUGGGGCUGGUGUGUAACUGCUCAGGUGCUUGCGUGCCCCUUGUCUUGCCAGGGCACCUUGUUGCUCUGAGAUGUAUUGCUGUAUACUGAGGGCUGUGGUUUAAAUGUGGUGGUUUUCUUCUGUCUGUGAAGUGUGGGAUGAUCUGAUCAAGUUUAACUUUUCUGACUGGAGAAACAAGCUUGGACUUUGUGAUGCUUUGAGGUUUGCUGAGCAGAACUGUCACACGUUUAGCUACUGUUACCUCCAUAGAGUGGCUUUAGGUUCUCACGUGAGUAACUCCUUUAACAUUGGAUUUAACAGCAAAGAUCCAUUGCAUCUUUUAUGCAAGAGGUCUGUGUUGAUGCAGGUUAAACCCAGAGCUGAACUGUGAAUCCUAGCGGGAUGGACAGAGGGACAGUACCGGUUUGCCUUGUGUCUGCAAAAUCAGAUUUCACAUCUGGAGCCUUCCAACAUGGAGACACGGUGCUUCUGCUCCUUUGGACUUCUGCAGGAGGCAGUGAUAUAAAUUAUCUGUAUGUUCUGUUGUGAGCUCAGAAAUCAAGAGGCAAAGGAAUUAGAAACCAGAAUUCUUGGGAUAAUAUAAUUAGCUCCUGGCUUUCAGCCUCACUCAGUGGAGGAGGUUUCUGUCUGCUGAAGUCGCUGCAGCUUCUCAGCUGGAAGGAGACAGAGCUCAGAUGAAAUCAAAAGAACGAUAAAGUGUGGAGGAGAACAAGACGCUGCAAUUGCUUUCCUGGUCUGCAGUUUGGCAGGGCAUUAAGAUGUCCGUGGACAUGAACAGCCAGGGCUCUGACAGCAAUGAAGAGGAUUAUGACCCUAAUUGCGAGGAGGAGGAAGAGGAUGAGGAUCCGGGGGAUAUUGAGGAUUAUUAUGAUGGGGUAGCUAACGACGUGGAGCAGCAGGGAGCAGAUGCCUUUGAUCCAGAGGAAUAUCAGUUCACCUGCCUGACUUACAAGGAGUCGGAGAGCACUCUGAAUGAACACAUGGCCAGCUUGGCUGCCACGUUAAAGGUAUCGCAUGCUGUUGCAAAGCUUGUGUUAGUUAGUUUCCACUGGCAAAUCUCAGAGAUUUUGGAAAGGCACAAGUCAAAUGCUGCCCAAUUGCUAGUAGAAGCACGAGUUCAGCCCACCUCAUCCAAACAUGCAAUGGUACAUUCCUCCCAUCACUGCGCUGUGUGCAUGCAGUUUGUCCGGAAGGAGAACUUGCUUUCUCUGGCUUGUCAGCACCAGUUCUGUCGCAGCUGCUGGGAGCAGCAUUGUACAGUGCUUGUCAAGGAUGGUGUUGGAGUUGGGGUCUCCUGCAUGGCUCAGGACUGCCUACUUCGGACACCAGAAGACUUUGUUUUUCCAUUGCUGCCUAGUGAAGAGCUGAAAGACAAAUACAGGCGCUACCUCUUCAGGGACUAUGUGGAGAGCCAUUACCAGCUGCAGCUGUGUCCUGGUGCAGAUUGCCCUAUGGUCAUACAGGUACAGGAGCCAAAAGCCCGGCGAGUGCAGUGCAAUCGUUGCAAUGAGGUCUUCUGCUUUAAGUGUCGGCAGAUGUACCACGCACCCACAGACUGUGCUACCAUCCGGAAAUGGCUCACCAAAUGUGCAGAUGACUCCGAAACAGCCAACUACAUCAGUGCUCACACUAAAGAUUGUCCGAAGUGCAAUAUCUGUAUUGAAAAGAAUGGAGGCUGCAAUCACAUGCAAUGCUCCAAAUGCAAGCAUGACUUCUGCUGGAUGUGUCUGGGAGACUGGAAGACUCACGGCAGCGAGUACUACGAAUGCAGUCGGUACAAAGAGAAUCCUGAUAUUGUAAACCAGAGUCAGCAAGCACAGGCCAGGGAGGCCCUUAAGAAGUACUUGUUCUAUUUUGAGAGGUGGGAGAAUCACAAUAAAAGUUUGCAGCUGGAGGCACAGACAUACCAACGAAUCCAGGAGAAAAUUCAGGAAAGAGUUAUGAACAACUUGGGAACGUGGAUAGACUGGCAAUACCUACAAAAUGCUGCAAAGCUACUUGCAAAGUGUCGUUACACUCUGCAGUACACAUAUCCAUAUGCCUACUACAUGGAGUCUGGUCCCAGGAAGAAACUGUUUGAAUACCAGCAGGCCCAGCUGGAGGCUGAAAUUGAAAAUCUCUCAUGGAAGGUGGAGCGAGCAGACAGCUAUGACAGAGGGGACUUAGAGAAUCAGAUGCACAUAGCAGAGCAGAGACGGAGGACCCUGCUGAAAGACUUCCAUGACACAUAAAACAGGCGAAAAUGACGAAGUGCAGGGGUGAGAGCAGCAAGUGAAGUGAUGGCAGCUUCACCGGGAUAAGCAGGCACUGCCUCUGGGAGAACACGGCCAAGGACAGAGCCACCCCUCCCCUUGCGAGUCAGACACAUGCAAACAUCACAUCUUAGUCCAGUUUGUUCUCUUAUCUUUCUGUUUGUUUCUGCCAUGCUAGAGGCCAGAGCUCAGAUUGGCGUAUUUCCUGGGACAUUUCCCUCCUGCGCUGAAUGGUUUCAGAAGGGAAGGGAGUUUUUCUCUGAAUGGCUGUUAAUAGUAUUAGAUCAAUACAAUUUAUGUAAUUUUCAACGGUUGUACAAUUAUACAGACAAACCUUAGAAUAACACACAACCCUUUUUAAAAAUAAAUUGGCAGUGGAGUGUUUUUCCUUAAUCUGCUUGUAAAUUUAAUGGGCUUUUCCCUCUCUCCUCCUUCCUUCCUUUGAACCAAAAAUCCUCCUAGGCGCUGAAGGAGGUUACAAAAUAACUCACGUAGAUUUCCUGAUGCUCCUUUAGCCAGGACAUUGUAGCAUUGGCAUUGCAUGAGGAGAGUGGCUGGUGCUAAGAAUGGCUGCUGCUGUGUCUGAUCUGGCAGUACCAGCAGUGUCUGUGACUUAGUCUGAUUAAUGUGACGUCUCUUCUUGAAUAUCAGCUGUGCAAAAUCUUGCUACACAAACGAAAACAAGCAGAGGAAUUGCAGGGGGGAGAGCAGGUUAUUGCUAAGCCAGGUCAGAUUCUGCAUUUGAUAAAUUUUAGGUCUUCCAUAUAGAUUUUUUGCUUUACUUGUUUUUGUGGGGAGGGUGUUGUAUUGCCAAAGUGAGUGAUGAGGGAAUAGUAGCGUACAGAUGUUAUCAAGGCUUGGGGCUUUUGCAGAGUGAAACAAUCCAUGUCAUAACAGUGCCAUGCAAUCUGGUAAAGAAUAUUUGUGCCUGCUGGGUGACAUGGUUGAGAAAAAUUUGAUCCCAUUAAUUGAUAUGAAACUGAACUCCGCUACUUUAUGAGGAGCAAAUAUUAUGUACAACUCCCUGGCACGUGUUGGACAGGCACUAAAAUACAGAUGCACUGGUUGUGCAGAGUCUGCACCAAGCCAGGCAGACAAUUAACUUGCAAAAUUAAUUUAUUUGUAUAUUAGUAUCAAUACUGGUGGGAACUUAGCAGAAAAAUGAUUGCUAGGAGCAUGUGGAGCUUUUUUAUUAACAUUCUUUUUUCUAAUGUAAAAUAUACAGUAAAAUAAAAUUAUGAAAGCCUAGUUCAUCUUAGUAGAGGUUAACAUGAAAAAGGUUCAUUAAAUGCUGAUGCUUGCCUCUUUGCUAUAGGAAGCAGGCCACGUGUUAAGAUUUCACAAGCAUGUAUGUCACCUGCACCAGGAGCACGCUGUACACAGCCAGUGAAGGUGAAGCUGGAGUGACUGCUUUGAGGAAAUCACUUCUGUGGGGGACUUGUGGGGUUCUCUUCCAUGCUGUAUGUGGAAGCGUAACCUUUGAUGCAUCCCUUUGUGUUGUUGUUAUACAAUUUCACUUGACAAAGGUUAAACUGAAGGGGAAAAAGUACCAAAUUUGUGCAUGUCCAAAUAAGCUAACUGCUGUUGGAGCCUUUCUCAUGUACCUGAGAUGUGUGAGCCAAGUUUUUGCAGCAUGUGUAAUUGGGCAGAUGGAUUUGAACAAGAGAUGCUUGGUUUAAGAAAAUAGCUGCCACCAAAGCUAAUCCUGUGGCCAUGCUUGUUCGUGGUGGAAAAUUUCCAUCUGAGAGGCCUUGCUCUUUCCAUCUCCCCUCCCUGCUGUCGGAUGUCUCCUCAGGAACGUGCCGCCAAAGCGCUGCUGGCAGUGGAGCAGGGAUAGGAACAGAAGCAGCACCUGUACAAGGUCUCUUAUGUUUCUGCUCUGGGCUGUUUUGGCUCCCAUCUGGGCUGAAGCCAUGGGGUAGGUAUGUCCUUGCUCCAGCUACUGCCUCCUGAAUUCUUCAUUCCCUCCUCUGCUCCCAGCAGCAGCAUCUUGGUGCCCUGCUCAGCAUAUAUUCCAGAGAUUGGUCAAAUGUACCUUUCUCUCCUCCUCCUAAAUGCUUGUCAAAAUUUGGGACACAGAGCAAGAAGUAGCUCAGGGGAGAGCUUGCUGAGACCCAGCAGUUUGCAGUGUGUUGAGCUAACAUUUAAACUGUUCUUUGAAGAUUUUAGCCUGCAAAUAAUCUGGAUAAAAGCUGGUGUUCUUGUUGUUUAAAUGUAACUAGCAUAAUGCCCGGUCUCUGCAGAACAGAUACUUGGUGUUUCCUAAUCCCAAAGAGCUCUCACUCUCUUACAUAAUUGCCAGGCUUUGAGCUAUACUAGAAUGGGGUUUUGUCUCUCUCCACCUCCUCUUUGCCUCUCUCCAUUGCCCCCACAAAAUGCUUUGCCAUGAAUCCUUGUUUGUAGAAAAACUGGACUAUGUAGCAGUGGCCAAAUGUGCUGAACAGACUGCUGAGAUGUUGGCUGAGGAACAGUGCUACAUGUUGCACUGAGUGCCCCUUAAUUCUUUCAGAAUUUCUGAAGCUUUAGCCAGCAGUGCUGUUUGCUUUCAAACAAAUCACACCCUUUCUUAGGGUGGUGGUUGUCCUGGUUUGCAGACACAAAUCCCAUUUCCAUGCUCUCUGGGAAAACAACAGCACUUUGUUGCUGUUGCAGCCCAGGCAGGGUGACUGCUGUAUCGAUGUCAUGCAGAGUUACAAACUCCAGGACAGAACCUGCAGAGCACAGGGAGCAUUGGCUCUUUGUGUAAAGUGGCACUGCUUGAAAGGCAACAACAGGAAGGAGUUGCAGUACCGACAGACAAGGCUAAGUUUUUUUCCCUUCUAACGGGUACACAGCCCUAUUCGAGUCAGCAGGGCUAUGUGACCAUAGGUGCUCAGUGGCUCAGGAGCCAUUCAUUCAGAGGCAUAAAAUUCCCUUUGAUGCAUUACUGCUACAGAUGUGGAAUGUUUGCUCUUUUCCUUUCUGCGUUUGUCUCCCCCUGCCCGCCUGCCAUCUCUCCAUCCGUGCAUCCGGCGCUCUUUGUUUCAGCUUUGCUCGUGUUUCGCUUUGGCUGCCUCACCUCUGAUGGUCCUCAGGCUUCCCAGACUGUAACAAAAACUUUUUUACUGAUAACAUAAACUGCAUGACUGCUGCUCUGUCCUCGCGUAGGGCCGGGGGCAGCAGGAGGUUUCUGUAUUAUAGCCUCGCACUCUACAUUUUAGACUUUUUAAGCAGGUGAAAAAUAGAACUUUAUUUUUAAAUGAG